CUGGACUCGUCGUGGGCAUCAUGGUCUUCAGCUGGGGAGAUUCUACUCAGGGACAGCUCGGCUUACCUGCUAAUGAAGGAAAAUGGAUCAGCACACCGACUGCGGUGAACAUUAAUGAAGAAAUAGUGUCGGUGUGGUGUGGAGAGCAGCACACUUUAUUACUGACAGUAAACGGACAGGUCCUGUCAUGUGGACGAAACUCUAAAGGACAGCUGGGCAGAGCAAAGACCAGAGACAACAAUAAACUACCAGUAAAGAUUGAAGGGUUGGGAGGAGUUGCUGCUGUAGCAUGUGGGCAGGAUCAUUGUUUGGCUCUGUGUGAUUCGGGUCAGGUGUUCUCCUGGGGAGCCAAUGGCGAAGGACAGCUGGGCAUUAACAACUCUGUGGCAAAAUGCCCCAAACCUGUACCAGUUCAAAUACCCAUGCCUUUUUCAAUCCCAGUGGUUCAGGUUGCUUGUGGUAACUGUCAUUCCUUGGCCUUAACAAAAGGGGGAGAGGUGUUCUCAUGGGGCCAAAACAACUAUGGCCAGCUUGGACUGGGAAAAUCGGUGGUCUUGCAGCCCGCCCCAGCACUGGUGCGAGCUCUGACCGGAGUGCCAGUGAUUCAGAUCUCCGCGGGUGGAGCCCACACCCUGGCCUUGGCUUUGCCAUCUCGAGUUUUCUGCUGUGGAGCCAACAGUGCAGGACAGCUGGGUGUUAACAGGACUGAUGAGAAAGGUCGCUUUACAAUAUGUGCUGUUCCUGCUUUAAGGAACAUCGGUGUAACUUCCAUCAGCUGUGGAGAAGCACACAGUGCCGUCCUGACUAAGACUGGAGAUGUCUACACCUUUGGAGAGGGAGCACAUGGACAACUUGGACAAAACUCCAUCAAUAAUGAGCUUCGACCAAAGAAAGUUGAAGGCAUUGACGGACCAGCUGAACAAGUAACCUGUGGCAGUCAUCACACCCUGAUCUUGAUGGAAUCUGGCCAAAUCUUUGCAUUUGGACGCAAAGUCGAAGCUCGGGAGAGUGGUGGCACAGUAGAUAGCCUACAGCCCAUGAGAGUUGAAGGAGACUGGAAUUGCAGAGGAGCUAAAAACAACCCAGUAAUGAAGAUUUCCUCUGGCUGGAAUUCCAAUUUUCUUUACUUUCCACCUUCCAAGACCUCUGUUCUUGGGGAUCCAGUUGGAAAACUUGACGAAGCCCAAGUGCAGAAAUGGGUUUCAAUUUCAGAGAAUGAUAGAAAUAUCAAAGAAGUUCAAAGGGAGAUUUUACUGACAUUUUCAACAAGUUCAAAUCUAGUCGCUUGUUUCAUGAAGGACAGUGGAACCAUCAGCAAAGAUACUGUGGAGGUUGAUUUGAAUGCUGCUAGUCAGACCUUUGAUCAACUCCUGACGAUUCCUUGGAUCAAAUGUUCAGUAAACAUCAAGCCUCUGGUGAUGAACCUUCUGUUUUCUGCACCAGUGAUGAGAUGCCCUGAGAUCUUCAUGCUUCUGCCUACAUGCCCUAUUCUUCAUGAAACAGAAAACUUCAACAGGGUUCUUGAGCUAGCUGUAGCCAUCACAAGUCUCCAUGAUACUGCCAUUGAAAUCAUGAAGAACUUCUGGUCAUCAAUGGAAGCAAGUAUGAUGAAAAAACACAUCAGAAUGUGGAAACGGGCCCUCGUUUUCCUCCUAAAUGCCAACCUUACUUUACAAUUUAAUCCUGGUGUUAAAGCUGUGCUGGAGGUCCUCAAGUACAUUUACAAGGGAAACAAACGGGCUGAAAAAUCAAGGAGGGUUCCACUCAGUGACUUCUACAUUGAGGAGAUUGGCUUGGUGCCUCAGUUACUUGAACAGGAUGUAGCACUGUGGGCACAGAUUAAAUAUAAAGAAGUUCAGGAAGUGGAUGCCACACCUGCCAUUUUUUGCCGUUAUCCGUUUCUCCUGGACCUCAACAGCAAAAUCCACAUUUUCAGAUUUGUUGCUUUUGCAACACAGUUCAUUCAUCAGAUACUCAGUAUAAGCACUUUCCUUGGACAGAUGUUUCAGAAUGAGUUUUCUGUGGAGCCCUCAGCACCUAUGUUUCAGCUGAAACUGAAACGCACUGCCCUGCUGGAGGACACAUUCAGACACCUCGACAAUGCUGAUCACAAUAACUUCAAAAAAAGACUAGUGGUGAUAUUUGUGGAGGAUUCAAAACUGACAGAAGUGAACAAAAGGGAUUUCUUCCUUCAUGCUUUCAAUGAGCUCUUGGCUCCUGAUUCAAAGAUGUUUAUGAACAAUGAACGGCAAACUAUGAUUUGGUUUCCAGCUAAUGCAACAUUUGAACAUACAAGAUACUUCCUGUUUGGAAUUCUCUGCGGUCUGGCCCUUUACAACAACAACAUAGUCUACAUGCCCUUCCCUCUGGCCAUGUUUAAGAAACUGGUCAAUGUAAAACCCACACUGGAGGACUUGGCCGAGUUCAGCCCUGAGAUUGGAAGAAGUCUGAGGUGCAUUCUGCAUGAGUACCCGGAUGACGUUGUAAAUGAUUUGAACACUACUUUCUGUAUACACUGGGAUGGUGCUGAUGUGGAACUGGACCCUCUUAACAGUGGAAAACCUGUAACAAGUGCUAAUAAGAAGGAUUUUGUGGAUGCCUAUGUGGAUUAUGUGCUGAACAAAUCAGUGGAGAAAGUGUUUGAAGAGUUCAGAAGGGGCUUCUUCAAAGUGUGUGACCCAGACGUGGUGGAUUUCUUUCAGCCAGAGGAGCUCAGAGGAGUUACGGUGGGCACAGAGGAGUACGACUGGGAAACUUUCAAAAAGAACACAAUGUACGGUGGACAGUUCCAUGAAAGACACUCCACUAUCAUUGCGUUCUGGGAGGUGUUUGAGGAGCUGACGGAGGAGCAAAAGAAAUCCUUUCUCUUGUUUUUGACGGGCUGUGAUCGUGUUCCGAUUCUUGGGAUGGGAGAGAUUAGGAUGAACGUGCUUGACCUGUGCCACUUUACCCAGAACCACCUACCAGAGUCCCAAACCUGCCACUUCAAUUUUAUGCUGCCUCCAUAUGAAAACAAGCAGCGACUGAUGGACAAGCUCAUCGAAGCACUGAAACAUAACAGAGGAUUCUGGAAAGAAUAGACCAGUGGUCGACCAGCAUGCAUUAAAAUAAAAUAUCAUAUAAAACAUAUGAAGUAAUUGUUAGUAGUAGUGUUAGGGUUAAUUAUGUAUUGUAUGUUACACUACAACCAUACAUGUUCUCAAAUCUUCAGAUCUCAAAGACUUACCACUUCACAAAAAAAAAAAUACACAAACUUAACAUUAUGUAAUAAAUUAACAUUAAAGCAGCUGUCGUGGAUUAGACACACAGACAAUACUUGAUCUUAAUUACCAAACACAGACAGCUCUGGAGCUCUUCCAAUGGCAGAGAAAGAACCCAUCUUUCUUAAAAGUGUAAUAAUGUAAAAUAAAAAAAAAUGAAGUGUUUGUGGCACAUCUAGGCACAUUGUUUAAAGCUGUAUGUGAUAUUGAAUGUACCCAAAGGUUGCCCGCUCAGGUGGUGCAGCGGUAAAAACAUGUGCUGGAACCAGAGCUGGGAUCUCGAAUAUAUAUCGUAUCGAGUCUCAGCUCUGCCUGCCGGCUGGGCUGACCAACCACAUGAACAACAAUUGGCCUGUUGUUCAGAUAGAGGUGGGAUAUUAAAGCCGGAUACGGACUUUCUCAUAACUAAUGCAGUUACGCCUCUGCUGGUUGAGUGAUGGCGCCUGUACAGAGAUAAGAAAAGAGUGCUGUCCGGGUGUGUCUCUCCGUACACAGUGCUGAUCUGCACUGCACUGCACUGGUCAAAGUGUAGGUGACAAGAUGCAUAUGGCAUGCUGCCCACGUGUCGGAGGGGGCGUGGGUUAGCUUAGUUCUCUUCAGUCAGAGUGGGGAUCGGCAUUGGUGGAGAGUAAGCAUGACACAAUCGGUCAAUUGGAUGCUCUAAAAGGGAGAAAAAGGGGGGAAAAUGCAUAAACAAAGUAAUAAAAAAAAAGGAUGUACCCAAAGGUUUUGAUUUGAUCAGGGUGGUACUUGGUCUGAGAUGUUUGAGAACAACUGAAAUAGACCAAUGCUUGAAGAAUUUCUCUGAAUCUCUUUUACUGUUAUCACAUCUAUCUACUGUUAUUUUAGAUUAUGAACUUGUUUAUUUUUUAGCGUAACAGUUUUGCAUAUAAAUGUUUUAGUAGCCUUUAACUUUCAACUAAAUAAUAAUAAACUAUCAAAAUACCAAGUAAACAUUAAACACAUUAAA